CGGGGGGCACGAGCCCGGUAGGGGGCGCCGCCGGCCCAGGCGCCGCUGCUCCCUCCGCCCACCCGGAGGCGGCUGCAGCGAGCCGAGGCCGGCGCGAGUGCACUGCGAGGCGGGCCGCAGGGAGGGAGGCGCGAAGAGGGCGCGAGGGUAGCAACCGUAGGGAGCCGCCAGCCCUGCCUGCGGGUCCCCGCGGGGCGCAUGGGGCGCUUCGAGCCGGGACUGCGUGCGGGCCCCGAGUCCAGUUUCCUGCUGUCGUAAGAAGCCGCGCCAGGACGCCCCCCGGACCCUGAGCUGCUGGGAGAAUGACCAUGGCUGGGGGCAGGAGGGGACUGGUGGCCCCGCAGAACACGUUUCUGGAGAAUAUUGUCCGGCGGUCCAAUGAUACUAAUUUUGUGUUGGGGAAUGCUCAGAUAGUGGACUGGCCUAUUGUGUACAGCAAUGAUGGAUUUUGCAAGCUCUCUGGCUAUCACAGGGCAGAAGUGAUGCAAAAAAGCAGCACCUGCAGUUUUAUGUAUGGGGAGCUGACUGAUAAAGACACGAUUGAAAAAGUGCGGCAAACAUUUGAGAACUAUGAGAUGAAUUCCUUUGAAAUUUUAAUGUACAAGAAGAACAGGACACCUGUGUGGUUCUUUGUGAAAAUUGCUCCGAUUCGAAACGAACAGGAUAAAGUGGUUUUAUUUCUUUGCACUUUCAGUGACAUAACAGCUUUCAAACAGCCAAUUGAGGAUGAUUCAUGUAAAGGCUGGGGGAAGUUUGCUCGGCUGACAAGAGCACUGACAAGCAGCAGGGGUGUCCUGCAGCAGCUGGCUCCAAGCGUGCAAAAAGGCGAGAAUGUCCACAAGCACUCCCGCCUGGCAGAGGUCCUACAGCUGGGCUCAGACAUCCUUCCCCAGUACAAGCAAGAGGCACCAAAGACUCCCCCUCACAUCAUCUUACAUUACUGUGUUUUUAAGACCACGUGGGAUUGGAUCAUCUUGAUCUUGACCUUCUAUACAGCCAUCUUGGUCCCUUAUAAUGUCUCCUUCAAAACCAGGCAGAACAAUGUGGCCUGGCUGGUUGUUGAUAGCAUCGUGGAUGUUAUCUUUCUGGUGGACAUUGUGCUCAAUUUUCAUACCACCUUUGUUGGACCAGCAGGGGAGGUGAUUUCUGACCCCAAACUUAUCCGCAUGAACUACCUGAAGACAUGGUUUGUGAUUGACCUUCUGUCCUGUUUGCCAUAUGAUGUCAUCAACGCUUUUGAGAACGUGGAUGAGGUUAGUGCCUUUAUGGGUGAUCCAGGGAAGAUUGGUUUUGCUGAUCAGAUUCCACCACCACUGGAGGGGAGAGAGAGUCAGGGCAUCAGCAGCCUGUUCAGCUCUCUAAAAGUUGUCCGGCUGCUCCGUCUUGGGCGAGUGGCCCGUAAGCUGGACCACUACAUUGAAUAUGGAGCUGCUGUGCUGGUCCUGCUGGUGUGUGUGUUUGGGCUGGCUGCACACUGGAUGGCCUGCAUCUGGUACAGCAUUGGGGACUAUGAGAUCUUUGACGAGGACACCAAGACAAUCCGCAACAACAGCUGGCUGUACCAACUAGCGAUGGACAUUGGCACCCCUUACCAGUUUAAUGGGUCUGGCUCAGGGAAGUGGGAAGGUGGUCCCAGCAAGAAUUCUGUCUACAUCUCCUCGUUGUAUUUCACAAUGACCAGCCUCACCAGUGUGGGCUUUGGGAACAUCGCCCCAUCCACAGACAUUGAGAAGAUCUUUGCAGUGGCCAUCAUGAUGAUUGGCUCACUUCUCUAUGCCACCAUCUUCGGAAAUGUGACGACCAUUUUCCAACAGAUGUAUGCCAACACCAACAGAUACCAUGAGAUGCUCAACAGUGUUCGGGACUUCCUGAAGCUCUACCAGGUGCCAAAAGGAUUGAGUGAGCGAGUCAUGGAUUAUAUCGUGUCCACUUGGUCCAUGUCCAGAGGCAUUGACACAGAGAAGGUCCUGCAGAUCUGCCCCAAGGACAUGAGAGCUGACAUCUGCGUGCACCUGAACCGCAAGGUUUUCAAGGAGCACCCGGCCUUCCGGCUGGCCAGUGAUGGCUGCCUCCGGGCACUGGCCAUGGAGUUCCAGACGGUGCAUUGUGCCCCAGGGGAUCUCAUCUACCAUGCAGGAGAGAGCGUUGACAGCCUCUGCUUUGUGGUUUCUGGCUCCCUGGAGGUGAUCCAAGAUGAUGAGGUGGUGGCCAUCCUAGGAAAAGGAGACGUGUUUGGAGAUGUGUUCUGGAAGGAAGCCACCCUUGCCCAGUCCUGUGCCAAUGUGAGGGCCUUGACCUACUGCGAUCUGCAUGUGAUCAAGCGGGAUGCCCUGCAGAAAGUGCUGGAAUUCUACACGGCCUUCUCCCAUUCCUUCUCCCGGAACCUGAUUCUGACAUACAACCUGAGGAAGAGGAUUGUGUUCCGGAAGAUCAGCGACGUGAAACGUGAAGAGGAAGAGCGUAUGAAACGAAAGAAUGAGGCCCCCCUGAUCUUGCCCCCGGACCACCCUGUCCGGCGCCUCUUCCAGAGAUUCCGACAGCAGAAAGAGGCCAGGCUGGCGGCUGAGAGAGGGGGCCGGGACCUGGAUGACCUAGAUGUGGAGAAGGGCAAUGUCCUCACAGAGCAUGCCUCCGCCAACCACAGCCUCAUGAAGGCCAGCGUGGUCACCGUACGUGAGAGUCCUGCCACGCCCGUGUCCUUCCAGGCAGCCUCCACCUCCGGGGUUCCAGACCACGCAAAGCUACACGCACCCGGGUCCGAGUGCCUGGGCCCCAAGGCAGGCGGGGGCGAUUGUGCCAAGCGCAAGGGCUGGGCCCGCUUCAAAGAUGCUUGUGGGAAGGGUGAGGAAUGGAACAAGGUGUCCAAGGCUGAGUCGAUGGAGACACUUCCCGAGAGGACAAAAGCAUCAGGCGAGGCCACGCUGAAGAAGACAGACUCGUGUGACAGUGGCAUCACCAAGAGCGACUUGCGGCUGGACAAUGUGGGUGAGGCCAGGAGUCCCCAGGAUCGGAGUCCCAUCCUGGCAGAGGUCAAGCAUUCUUUCUACCCUAUCCCUGAGCAGACGCUGCAGGCCACAGUCCUGGAGGUGAGGCACGAGCUGAAGGAGGACAUCAAGGCCUUAAACGCCAAAAUGACCAAUAUUGAGAAACAGCUCUCUGAGAUACUCAGGAUAUUAACUUCCAGAAGAUCCUCUCAGUCUCCUCAGGAGCUGUUUGAAAUAUCGAGGCCACAGUCCCCAGAAUCAGAGAGAGAUAUUUUUGGAGCCAGCUGAGAGGUCUAUUAAAAGAAAAGUCAGAGACAGACACCUAUGACCUUGCCGUGACCACCACCCCUACCACACACGUCCACAUGACCAACAAUUUCCAAGUAGGCUUUUCCUGACAGAAAAAGUGGGGCCAGUGGCUUAGACGCGCUCUUUCUCUAUCUGGAGAAAAGAUACAGGAAGGGUAGCGUGCCCCUACCCUGCAAGGUGGCAGCUGCAUCUGAACCAUCUUUGCACAAUUUUGAAAGAAGGGACAUGCUGUCUAAAGGGUAUUUUCCUUCAUUUUUAAUUUUUUACUACCAUGAUAUUUGUAAAAGAUAAACUACCAGAACAGAGCAGCAGCCAUCUGGGGACUGGUGGGAAAGUGCCGAGAACCUCUCAUGUAUAUACCAUGCUGGGCUCCUUUGCCAAGACCCCCAACGGACUGUGGUGGGCCAAGGACUUCCCAGCAUCCCCGUCCUUGUACAGCCUGUGUCUGACAUCACCAUGUUCUCCAUGUACAUUGUCGUUUGUAACUAGCUCGGGACAAGCGGAGCUUGAGGGACAGGAGGGUAGAGCCCGGAAACUUUCUGUCUCAUGGUUAAGGCCAGAAAAGCAGCUGCAGGUGUGGUGCAUGCCGCCCGUAGACAUUGGAGCUGGGAAUCCUCAGGUCUCCUUUCCCAAAGGUGGUGAGGCAAGGGUAAGAGCUGGAGAGGGGUCCUUAGGAUCCAGGGGUUCUCUGCGGUGCGGCCCACAGCCUGCUCCUCUGGGACAGUUGACAGGGAGGGCUCUGGAGUCCCCAGCUGAGCCUCUGGCCAUGCUCCAUGCUGCUGGCCUCACACACAGGCUCCCUUGCCUCUGUUCCUUCUUGGCCUCUUCCCAAGUGUCCCCGUGGCAUUCCUCAGGGUAUGGAGCAUCGGCAGGAAGGGUCAUGAGCCCAGAGUUGCUUUAUUAACAAAGCAGACACACACAACCUCAGAACUGUAGCAAGUGCUAUGUUUAUACUUUGAUUCUCAUUGGGAUUGCCCUGCAGACCCUUGUAUUUUGUUCGCUGCAUGGGGUCAUUAUAGGCACUUGGGAGCCAUGCUGGGCCUUAUUUUAAAGCCAGUCUCUCUAUUUCCUACUAAAGUCAGUAGGAUUUCAAGAGAAAAUGGCAAAAGAUUUCAGGAUCAUGAUUGUACUCUCUUCAGCAGCUGGAAAGAGAACGAAGCAGUGAGUUUCCAGCUAUCUCUGUAAGGUGAUGGAGAAAAGUGGCCUUGGAGCUGUGGCUCCCAGUGAUGGUCACAGGGCUGCGUAUGGGCCAUCCGAGCCCUUAUGCCAUGAUGUUCGGGGACACUCCACUGCCUUGUGGUCACCUAAGUCAGGUUAUUCAUGUGCUUGGGCUUCUCUCAAUGGCAUCUGAGAAAGGAAAGGGGAGAAGUCUCUUCCAGGCACAGUGGAGCUGGCCAGGGCAUAUGCCCUAGAGAGAGGUGUCAGGACCCCAAAUACUGACAAGCAAGGUUAGAAGUUCAGCUCUGAAAAGUCAACUUGGAGGGAAUGGAAUUAGGAGUACAGGUGACAGCAUGGACUUACCCAGGGAGCUUACCUUUGCCUAUGUUAGAUGGUGACCCCAUCCCAAGUACCUCUGCCCUACCAAAGAUACUCAGUGUUUCUGAGAGCCUCUGGUCCAAGCCUGCCCACCACCCCACCCCACCUCGCCUCCUUAGUCCUGCCCAGUGCUCACGGUGAGUCCCAGGGCUGGGCCCUCGGUUGUCUUUGCAAGGCAGGGCUGACCUCUCCUGGUUCACAGGGUUGGCACAGAUGGCCCUGGGAAGCCAGGGCCUGCGAGCUCAAGGGAGAGUCCUGCUCCAGGAGCCCUAAUCUCAUAUGUAGCUUCUCACAUGAGGCUUACAGGGGCUGCCCCUGGCUUUUCCAGGCUGUGACAUAAUUAGAUUUAGCCUCAGGUGGCGGCAUGCAAAGAAGAGGAAUUCUAAUUUCCUAAGGCCGAGUCACAACUGUCUGACUUUGGAUAAAGCUAUGAGGCCUUCAGCCUCUUUCACUUGAGAAGCUGCCAACCAGUCCUUGGGUAAGAGCCCGUAAAAUAUCUGGAAUCCCAUCUGUUGGCGGCCCCCUAACAUUCUAGUCUGCCAUUUCUUAAACAUGCUCCUCAACCUGCUUCUGAAGUUUAGGAGCCACCACUUUUAAGGCAGGGUAGGCCUCUAAUCCACCCCCAAAACCCAGCCUCAGAAGCACCUGCCCCUGGAGACUUUUUGUUGCCUCCCAGCUCUCCGGGGACUUGAUGACAGGCUUCUUGUCCAGCACUCCAUAGCCAAUGUCAAGAGGCCCUGCCACUUCCCUCCAGCUCUGCCUGAGGGAGAUGGAUGUCCAUGAAAUCUCUCAGACCUCUGGGUAUGAGGGGCAAAGAUGAUGUAAGGCUUUGAAGUCCAGACAUGUUUUAGGGUGGAAUGUAGCUUUGGAAAUGCACUCCUGAAUCAGUGCAAACUGGGCUCAUGACUGGAAGCCAGCUCCUGCGGCAGGAAUCUGUUCCUCUUGGGGUCACAGGUGCACGUGUGGGUGCAUGGGCUUUAUUCUCCCGUAAUCCUCCCUAGGAUUUGAGGGAUUUUUUGCUGUAAUUGUUUUCUCUGAAAAAACAUUGUGUAAAUGAGCCAAACCUUUCUCCCUUCCUUUUCACGCCAUGAACUUGGCCGCAGGCUGCUUUGUGCUGCCUUCCCAUGCCAGGAUGCCACUCUGGGUUCCCGAGCCAGGACCAUGUGCCUCAGACACCACUGACCUGAGCCUUCCAGUAUAAACCAUUAUCUGGUGGCUGGAGAGAGAUUAGGGAACAUU